GGCUGUACAAGGUUUGUCGGCUGCCGUUCGGCGUGUCCAUUGCUCCUGGGGUUUUCCAAAGAACCAUGUACAUGGUGCUGGCCGGAAUGCCGCAAGUAGCGGUAUACCAGGAUGACAUCCUGAUUGCCAGCGAGUCUAUCGAGGAACAUGAACGGAUGCUUGCCGAGGUCCUCAGCCGAUUGUCCAAAACCGGGCUUAGAGUGCAAGCUGGGAAGUGCGAAUUUUUUAAGGAAAGCCUCGAGUUUCUGGGGCAUCGGAUUGACGCUAAGGGCAUCUACCCUUCGAAGGCCAAGGUCGAGGCCAUCCACCAGGCUCCUGCCCCGAAGAACAAAAAGGAACUGCAAGCUUUCUUGGGAAAACCAAGGACCAUGGAAACGCAGAUUGCCUGAGUAGGUUGCCGGCUCCCCUAACCCGACAAGAGACCGAAGUACCGGGUGACAUACUCCUACUGGAAGCUGUGGAGUACCCCCCAGUGAGUGCACGAGAAGUGGCAGCGUACACCAGCAGGGAUCCCCAACUGUCCCAAGUGAAGCAAUGGAUCUUUGGGGCUGGCCACGCGAGCGAGUAGCCCCGAAAUAUUCUGCGUAUGAGGUGAGACAAAACGAGUUGUCUGUGCAUCGCGACUGCGUGCUCUGGGGAAGCCGCGUAGUAAUUCCUGAGACAUUGCAGAAAGAAGUGUUAAGUCUUAUGCACGCUAACCAUCCGGGAGUGACGGCCAUGAAGGCAAUUGCUAGGUCGUACGUGUGGUGGCCUAAUAUGAAUAGAAGGAUAGAAGAGCUAGUCAGAGGCUGCAGGCCGUGCCAGGUAAACAGACCGAGUGAACCAAAGACACCAACCUAUUUCUGGACUAAGCCAGAACGACCGUGGAGUAGAAUUCACGUGGAUUUCGCAGGACCGAUCCAAGGCGUGCAUUUUCUGGUGGCGGUAGACGCCCUCUCGAACUGGGCUGAAGUCGAAGUCAUGCCGUCUCUUCAUUCAGCUACGGUCAUUGAAAAGUUUCGCAAGAUGUUCGCAGCGUAUGGAUUACCCGACCUGGUCGUGUCUGAUAAUGGCACCGCUUUUGCCAGCAGGGAAACUCAAGAUUUCCUUAAACGAAAUGGUAUUCGCUAUAUGUAUACCGCGCCGUACCACCCGUCAAGUAACGGAAGGGCGGAGCGGAUGGUACGAGAACUGAAAUGUGCAUUACGGAAACAGACACAGGGCACCGUACUGUGCAAGGUUUCACGUUUGUUGUUCAAACAGCACUCUACGCCACACUCAGAAACCGGCAAAUUACCUGCAGAAGUCAUGCUGGGUCGGAACUUCAGGACCGCCCUCUCGAUCCUUCAACGGGACGAGAGUCACGCAAGAUGCCCGCUGCCGCCUCCACAACGUGGGUUCCUGCCGGGUGAUGCUGUGUACGCGAGAAACUUCCGGCCCGGCCCCGAGUGGUAUCCUGGUCGUGUGUUGCGACGUUUGGGCCACGUCAUGUACGAGCUGCGGACUGCAGACGGUACUGUGCACCGACGCCACCGGGACCACGUGCGCCGAGCAUGGCACUGUGAGCCCGGAGACUUAAGCCAUGAAACGUCCCCCUCUUUUGCUCUCCCGGCUACACCAAGCCCCGCCCUGGGACCUGCCGGGCCUGAGACGCCGCCGCCUCUCAGGCGUUCCACUCGUCAACGCCGGCCAGUGCGACGCUAUGGCAUCGAUGACUAAGGGGGAAGGGAUGUGAUAUUGUGAAAUCACACGAAGUGACGUCAGUGGGCAACGAGAGAGCAUGCGCCAGCGUUGUGCCUGUUUGCUGUUAUCACCAAGUGUGCUGAUACCUAUCACCGCCUUAGCUAUAUAAGCAGUGCCCUUCUUGUAAUAAACGCCUUUUUGU